AUGGCGUCUGCCACGCUGGCAUCCGCCUCUCGUCCGAUUUUGAACACGAAUGCAGGGCUCAGUACUGUUGUUAACAAAGGCUGCAAACUCAUUGGGUGUGGCUCUGCUGUUCCAAGUUUAAGAAUUUCGAACGAUGAUCUUUCAAAAAUGGUCGAUACUAACGAUGAGUGGAUCUCAACACGGACAGGAAUUCGACAUCGAAGACUUCUUUCAGGCAAAGAAAGUUUAACAUCUCUAGCAGUAGAGGCUUCAAGGAAAGCUCUUGAGAUGGGUGAAGUUGACCCUGAAGAUGUGGAUCUAAUUUUGUUGUGUUCUUCCACUCCAGAUGAACUUUUUGGUAAUGCCCCACAGAUACAAAAUUUGUUAGGGUGCAAAAGCUAUCCAUUAUCUUUUGAUAUCAGUGCUGCUUGUAGCGGGUUCAUGCUGGGAUUGUUUUCUGCUUCUUGCUAUAUAAAAGCUGGUGGCUUUAAGAAUGUUCUUGUAAUUGGGGCUGAUGCUAUUUCCCGGUUUGUUGAUUGGUCUGAUAGAGGAUCCUGUAUUCUCUUUGGUGAUGCUGCAGCUGCUGUAUUGAUUCAGGAGUGUGAUAUAAGUGAAGAUUUUUUGUUUAGUUUUGACUUCCAUAGUAAUGGUGAAGGUUUAAGGCACUUAAGUUGUCCUCUAAAAGAGGAUGGAACAAACCAUUCUCCAACCAGAAACGGUUUUCCACACAAAGGCGGCUUUUCUUAUUCCCGCCUGCAAAUGAAUGGUAAGGAGGUUUUCAAGUUUGCAGUUGGCAUCGUGCCUCGAUCCAUCAAAGCUGCCUUGGGGAAGACAGCUCUUGCUCUCUCCGACAUUGAUUGGUUACUUCUUCAUCAGGCAAAUCAAAGGAUUAUUGAUGCAGUGGCGGCGCGCAUGGAGUUCCCAGCAGAGAGGGUGAUAUCAAACUUGGUGAACUAUGGAAAUACGAGUGCUGCUUCUAUUCCAUUGGCAUUGGACGAGGCUGUUCGAGCUGGGAAGAUACAGGCCGGCCACACGAUUGCUGCUGCUGGAUUCGGAGCCGGCCUUACCUGGGGUUCUGCAAUUAUCCGGUGGCGCUGACCACCCAUUCUCCAUCUCCAGCCGCCCACCCACCGGUGCUUGCUUGCUUGUCACUGUAGAUAAAGAUUGUUAAAAUACC